AUGGAGAACAACCUCGAGUUCAUCUUCGACAAUCACCACCAGGCGGCCACCAUGGAUUACGACUAUGACUUCGUUUUCGACCAUGACGACCAGACGAGCUACACACAGCUCCGAGAACCUGGCGAAGAAUACUACCAAAGACACCCGAUGCACGGCGCCGUCGAGGACAUAUUUGACAGCAUCUUCCUCUCUUCCCAUUCAUCCUCGGACAUUCGCAACGACACGUACCGCGGCUCCUCCGGCUGCUAUCAUCACCAGGUAGCUCCACAACCAUGGCAGGUUGAUAGCCAGAGACCCGUCCAGCCUGUGCAGCUAUGUCCCGACGCUUCCGACUUUGGCAACACUUCGACUGGAGAUUCAGCAUAUGAUUGGUACGACUUCGACGGCUCGGAAAGCGUUCAGUACGGUUCACCUGAUACUGCUCCGUACGAAAAUGGCGGCUCCGGUUGUGCGAAAUAUUGGGACGACAUUUUUGACCAUCCUCAGAUGGUCGGAUGCGUGAAUCAUUCUGAGCUAUUUCCCGCGAAUCAGCAUGUGAAUGGACCUCACGGAAUUCCCCUACACGAGGCACGAGAUCUCCAUGACAACGCCGGAGCGCACGCCCGAGGCCAGUAUGACGAUGGCACUCAAACAGCACUCCAUUGGCGAGGAACCGGCCUCCACCGAGAUGCCUUGUUCGACUUCGUGGACCACCAGUCUUGCCACGCUGGGGAAGACAGCGAGCGUCGAGACGAAGUUAGUUGGCUCGACAACAUCGAGAAUUGGGACAUCGAUGACUUCGGAGACGGUGUUGGUCUUCAUGGAAUCCAGCGGCGUGGUAGCGUAGGCACCGAUCUCGAGAUCAUCCAUAGAUACGGAUGUAGCUUAAUCAUGGGGCGGCGGGUCUGUGGUAGCCACUGCGGCCCUGCUCAUGAGGACAUGGGGCUGGAAUAUUUGAGUCUUGAUUUUCCUGAGGAUGAUUCUGACUGGUAG